AUGGAUAAAGACAUACGGGCGAGUGUGAAAUAUGCAAACACAACAACUGAGAUCUGGAACGAUCUAAACGAACGCUUUGGCAAAGAAAGUGCACCAAGAGCUUAUGAGUUGAAGCAAUCGUUGAAUGUCACCCGACAAGAUGGGGCUUCGGUCUCAGCAUAUUAUAUGAAGCUCAAGAAGAUUUGGGACAAGAUCAAUGUUGUCUUGCCGACACCACGAUGUUCAGGAAAUGGCUGUAAGUGUGAAGUGGGAAAAAGGUUGGUUGAGUUAAAGGAGAAAGAACGUUUGUAUGAGUCUUUGUUGGGACUGGAUAAUGAGUUUGCGGUUAUACGAACUCAGAUCCUUGCAAUGAAACCAACACCUACAUUGAACAAUGCUUAUCACAUGGUGGAAGAGGAUGAGCAGAAAAGGAGCGUGGAUAUGGGCAGAAAAAUGACAACUGAAGUAGUAGCCUUUCAGGACUUGAAAACAAGGAGCUUGAUUGGAACGGGUAAUUGCACGAAGGGUCUUUAUCGAACGAGAGUGAUACGAAAGGAAAUAAAAGCAUUAGCGGUUACCUCUUCACCCAAUUAUAAAGAAGGAGAACAAGUGCAUGAAAAUUGGUGGAAAGAAGGAGCACGUGCAGAUACAGAAACAAACACUUUCACAGAUGAAGAUGAUCCUAAUAAAUUAGACUCAACGGGCCCACAAAACAAUGAGGAAACUAACCGCAUGCAAAAAGAAUUUCUCCUUCUAAUCAAGUUGAUGAGACAACUCAACAUCAACCUGUGGUUGUGGUAG